AUCAGCAUUUAACACUGUUCAAGGGUGGAGUCUGGCGUCGUUGUACGCGUCAUGCCUGGCGCUUUUAAGUUAAAAUUUUACUUGUUAAUGGGAGAAAAAAACGUCCAUAAAUUUGGUCAAAUAGUUAGGACGUGACACACCCAUUUAAGCGAAAGUGUCAAGUAACUGAGAUCAGUCAUCACUCGUCAUCACUCAUCAGUCGGUUGUAGCCAGGUGAAUAAACAAUGUCGCGUGUAUUCGUUUGCCUUUCUGUGUUUUUUAUUCCUGCCAUCGCCAUUCAAUUCGGCGAUUGCGAAAAUAAUACCAACCAACCCGAAUGUGAUGCAAAUAUCAAAUCUGGUUCCGAUAAAACUCGUGUAUCAGAUUUUGAAGCCAGACUGAAUGAAUUAAGUGUGUUUUUAAAGAAUUGGAACAAAAUCUUUGGGAUCUCCAAUGAUGAUUCGCAAACUAAGGACGACGUCAAAGAAAAUGUUAACAAAAUCUUUAAUAUGUUUGAGGACUUCAUUUGCUUAAUGUCAGGAACACGGCGGUGUGACAGAAAUUUUGCGCGUGAUGAGAACGAUUUCUUCAAAGAUGCAGAAGCUUGUUGCAGAGCGCACCAUAAUUGCCAAAGCAAUCUCUUAGCUGGCGAAACGGAGGUCAAUAUCAUCAAUAAUGGUAUUUUCACAAGGUCUGGUUGUGUUUGCGACAUCACUUUCUAUAUGUGUUUGAGAGAAGCCCGUGGACCGAUUGCUCGGAUGAUCGGAAUUAUAUACUUCAGUAGGUUGAAACUGCAGUGUUUCCAUUGUAUACAACCAACGGAAGAUUGCGAACUUGGAGACCCUACUGAAUGUAAAGGUCAUUGCAAGAAAUACCAAUGGAUUGACAGUCCUAUAUUUACAUAAAUAUUUCUCCAAACUAAAAAUUUUUAAUUUUAAAAUAUAAGAACUAAUCCUAGUGUAAGUCUUUUAAGAUCUUUUAAGAAUCUUCAACUUUCUCAUAAUUUUUGACAUAACUUUUUUUAAUCUUUGAUAUUGUUUUACAAUUUUAUUUAGAAUGGAUAUUCAAAAUUUAAAAAAUACACAUAAUAACUUUUAAACUAAGUAGAUAAGAAAAUAACUAAAUAUAUUCUUUUGAGGAGCUAUUAGUGUGCGUGAUGUACUAAAACUUUAUGUUAAUAUAUGUAUUGUUUAUACAAUAUAAAUAAAAUAGAUUUUGACUCCAAUAAA